GUUACCGUUGACAGUGGUAUGUAAGGUGGAGGCUUGUACCUCAGGGUAUUUUCGGGAGCCUUCUACAAAUAGCAGCACUGCAUUGCGUUUCAGUUUAGCCCUUACGCUGACCAAGUUCAUUGAGCGCUGGAGCGCUGACAACCCACCCGGAAAUGCGCUUCCGAUAUCUCCAGGAUUAACCACAAUGCAUGCUCUUCAUGUCAAACUCAACCGUGUCCAGUUCCCUGUCCUAGACCCAAACCGGUUUUGUUGUUCCAUACGAUUGGAGCAGCCGGGACGCUAGCCACCGUUGUGGCGGUUCUCGGGACACUGAGAAAAACAAAAACGAGGCCGUUAUCAGACCCUUUAUACCGCGACAUCAUCAUCUCAGCGGAAACUCGUACACAAAUCGCGGCGUCACCAUGCAAGCUUUGGAAGGGUUUCCAUUUGGUUUCCUUAUUUUGUUCCGGUGCUGUUGGUAUAAAUAAAAGCUCAUGGUUCUGAAACCGCAUCCAUCCCAUGGCUCUCUUCACUACCAUACAGAUCCUCUUGGUUCUCCUACUAGCCUCCACCGUCGCUUUCUUAUGGCGCCGACAUGUAUCGCGCCUGUCACUUCCCCCAGGGCCGAAGGGAAGCUUUUUAACCGGUGUCAAGGACCAAUUACCCCCUUCAGCUCCUUGGAAGAAGUAUGCUACAUGGGCAGAGCAUUUUCGUACGAACAUACUUUACUUCCGGCUAUACAACAAAGAUUUCGUUGUCCUUAAUGAUCAUACCGCUGUACACGACCUUUUGAACUCACGCGCUGGGAUCUACUCCGAUCGACCCAAAGCGUGGAUGUUCUUCGAGCUUUGUGCUCGAGAGAAGGCUGUAUUCAAUAUAUCCGCUACAAAUCCUCGACAUUCCCAGUACAGACGACUGCUCAAUACACGACUCAACAGUCAGGCGAUGAAAGAUAUGUAUGAGGUCCUUGAAGACGAAUCUGAGAAGAUGGUAAAGGGGAUGGCGUCUUCCCCGGUAGAUUAUGAAAAGUAUAUUCGACGUUCGAUAAUGGAACCAAUUAGGAACUCUGUCGCUGUCAUUAUGAAAGUUGCUUACGGCUAUGAAGUGGCUUCUGAGAAUGACCACUUCAUUAACGUCGCUGAAGAAUGUGCAAAGAUUUCUGGGUGGGCGAUGGCCCCGGGUCGUUGGCUGGUUGAUUAUUAUCCUAUCUUACGGUUCCUCCCGUCGUGGUUGCCUUUUACUGGAUUCCAACGUCAAGCAGAGGAAUGGAAGAAACGGCUUGCUUCUCUUUCCGAUGAGCCGCACCAAUGGGUGAAGAGCCAGAUGAGAUCGGAGGAGUAUAGGGAAUCUUUCACUUCAAAGCUGUUGAAUCCUGAAGGAGGUGGUGCCGUGAGUGAAGCACAGGAGGAUCUGAUUAAGUGGUCCGCUGGGGGGCUGUAUGUCGGUGCCACGGAUACUACAAUAUCCGCGAUGAUAUCCUUCAUGCUUCUAAUGGCCUUACACCCCGAGGCUCAGAACAAAGCUCAAGCCGAGAUCGACCGAGUCGUCGGAUCUCAUCCCCGUCUCCCCGAAGUCACUGAGCUCCAUCAUCUUCAUUACCUACACGCGAUGAUGAAAGAAGUAUUGAGAUACGCGCCCGUUGCGAAUAUAGCACUCCCACAUCGGGUAAUCCGGGAUGACGAGUAUAAAGGAUACAGGAUUCCGAAAGAUGCUACCGUAAUAGCUAACGUCUGGGCAAUCAUGCACGAUCCUGAAUUGUACCCAAACCCCUCGAAAUUCGAUCCAGAACGUUUCGUUGGAGAACAGAUAAACUCGAGACGGAAAAUAGAAACGGACGCCACUGUGAACAUCAAUCCAGAUCCUACCCUGUUUGCGUUCGGUUUCGGGAGGCGUAGUUGUCCAGGUAUUCGGUUCACCGAGACAUCACUACUGCUGUGUAUGGCCCGCAUACUGGCUAGAUUCAUUAUCCAUCUCCCACCAGUGUCAGGUGUUCCCGCAAAAGUUGAAUUCACUUCGGGGAUUACGAGCCACAUCAAACCCUUCGAUAUUCAGAUACGACCUCGGGUGUUCUGAGCGCGGUAUGAGUACUUGAGUAGCUCCCCACACCUUUAAGAUAAUAUAUUAUACCUAUACAUCAUUGUACGUCGGACGGCGUCCAAGAAGGAUCUAAAUUUCUAAUAAUAAUAAUAAUAAUAUACUGAUUAAUGAAACUAAUGUCAUGAUUGCC